AUGGAGUGGGUGAAAAGAAAGAUAAGGUUCUUGGAAAGGAGGAAUGAGAAAUUAUCGCCUUGGUAUGUUGAAAAUGGAGGCAAACUGUUAGAAGGGCUUAUUGCUUCCUCUAAUGGUAAGUAUAAUAUUCCUUAUCGCGUCUUCACCGUUGAAGAACUCAAUAAAGCAACAAACAUCGAUUUCCCUAGUCUAAGUGAUUGUGGUUCCAGAUUUAUUUUGCGGGAUGGAACGGGCUAUUACAUCAGCGGCAUUUUUCAGCAACGGUCUAUUCUGGUGAAGAAAUUCUAUUUUUCUGGAGACAUUGGGGCGUCCUGUGCUGUUAACGACAUAGUAAUCACGGUGCUGAUGAAUUGCCACAAAAAUGUUUUGAAGGUCUUGGGUUGCUGCUUAGAUUUGAAAAUACCUGCUAUCAUCUAUGAAAUCGGGAUCAAUUAUAGACUUCUUUAUAACCUUCUUUCUGGAAGGACAUUUGGGAAUACUAUUGGUUUAUCCCUCUCUUGGAGUAAUCGUCUAAAAAUUGCAAGAGACAUUGCAACUACUAUUGUUUAUCUUCAUACCGCAUUUCCAACUCCUAUCAUCCAUAGAGAUUUAGGCGCAAAAAACAUUUUCAUAGACAAUAAUGGCAUUGCUAAGCUUGUCGAUUUCUCACUCUGCGUAGCAUUGCCUCCCGGAGAAUCACAGGUAAAAGUAAACCAAAUUGUUGGGUUGGAAGCACAUUUUGAUCCCGAAUUAGCAACGACAAGCAUUAUCACGGAGAAGGUUGAUGUCUACAUGUUUGGAAUGUUUCUCCUUCAACUCUUAACUGGCUGUAAGCAUAUGCAGCACGAUGACAAGAAUGAGUUGAGUGAAACUUUGGACCCAAUAAUUUUAGAGGAGAAAGGCCAAAUAGAGCAUCAAUUGCAUGCUUUCUCGAGACUUGCUUUGAGAUGCACUCUUGAUAGAGGAACAGAUAGGCCAUACAUAAUCGAUGUGGCAAAAGAACUAGUAAGGAUUCAAAGGUCUAUUCAUCCCACUCAAAGGAGCAGCUGA